AUGAAGACCACAGUCAUCAAUGUUCACCGCCAGUUUUCCAGCUCAGCUAUGGCAGGAUUGCGCAAAAUCAAGGUGCAGACACCAAUUGUUGAGUUAGAUGGUGAUGAGAUGACCAGAAUUAUUUGGGACAAAAUCAAGCAGAAGCUUAUUUUGCCAUACCUGGACGUGGAUUUGAAAUACUACGAUCUUUCAGUGACCAACCGUGAUGCCACAGAUGACAAAGUUACUGUUGAUUCUGCGAAUGCGAUCAAGAAAUACGGCGUAGGUGUCAAGUGCGCCACCAUUACGCCAGAUGAAGCUCGUGUGAAGGAGUUCAACUUGAAGAAGAUGUGGAAGUCGCCUAACGGUACAAUCAGAAACAUUCUAGGAGGCACUGUGUUCCGUGAACCAAUUGUGAUUCCAAGAAUUCCUAGACUAGUGCCAGGGUGGGAGAAGCCAAUUGUCAUUGGUAGACACGCUCAUGGUGACCAGUACAAGGCGACUGAUUUGAUUGUCCCAGGCCCAGGUAAGCUAGAGUUGGUUUACAAGCCGGGCGAUGGCUCUGAGACCAAGACGCUAGAGGUGUACGACUAUAAGGGCCCUGGUGUUGCUUUGGCUAUGUACAACACAGACGAAUCCAUCCGUGGCUUCGCCCAUUCAUCUUUCAAGUUGGCUAUUGCCAAGAAGUUGAACCUCUACUUGUCUACCAAGAACACCAUUUUGAAGCAGUACGACGGUAGAUUUAAGGAUAUCUUCCAAGAGGUGUAUGACAGCGACUACAAGGCUGAAUUCGAAAAGCUAAACAUCUGGUACGAACACCGUUUGAUCGAUGACAUGGUUGCUCAGAUGAUCAAGUCCAAGGGUGGUUUCAUUUUGGCCUUCAAGAACUACGACGGUGACGUUCAAUCUGAUAUCGUUGCUCAAGGGUUCGGAUCCCUUGGUUUGAUGACGUCAGUGCUAGUGACCCCAGACGGCAAGACCUUCGAAAGUGAAGCCGCACACGGUACCGUUACCAGACACUACAGACAAUACCAACAGGGUAAGGAAACGUCCACCAACUCGAUUGCAUCCAUCUUUGCUUGGACCAGAGGUCUAGCUAAAAGAGGUGAAUUGGAUAACACACCAGAAGUCGUGAAAUUCGCCAACUUGUUGGAGUCUUCCACUCUAAACACUGUCCAAGAAGACGGUAUUAUGACCAAGGACUUGGCUCUAGCUUGUGGCAAGUCUGAUAGAUCCAGUUACGUUACCACUGACGAAUUUUUGGAUGCUGUCGAAGCCAGAUUCAAGAACGACAUUAAGUCUUUGCAAUGA